CCCGUCACUUGGCUCUGCAGACGUGUAUUGGAGAGCAUUUUUGACUAUAUGUACCUAACCCUCUACCCUAACCCCCCUACUUGGCGGGUGCUUUCUCAGCAGUUCACCAAGAUGUCGUGGGUCACUUUGUCUCUCACACCUCCAGCCCCGUUGCCAGUUGUUCUCCCAUCCCUCGCCAUUACCUAUUGGCUCGUAUGGAUUGUUUACACCAGACGUUUCCACCCGCUGGCCAACUAUCCAGGGCCCUUCUUUGCCUCAAUCACCCGAUGGUGGCUUAUCCUUGACGUUGCAAGAGGCAGUGCGGAGAAGACACAACGACAAUUGCAUGCAACAUUCGGCCCCAUUGUCCGGAUUGCGCCGAAUGAGGUUGCUAUAGCCGAUCCCGAAGCUCUCAAGGUCAUAUACGCUGCUCAUUCGGGCUUUACCAAGACUGACUUCUACCUUCCCUUCCGAGCCACAUGGGGCAGAUAUCCCGAUGCAUUCACGAAUCUGAAUGAGCGCCAGCACGCCGAGCGACGCAGGAUCGUCAACCGCGUUUACUCUAUGUCGAAUAUUAUACAAUUAGAAGAGAGCAUUGACAAGUGCAAUGAAAUGCUCGUCGAGAAGCUUAGCGAGUGCGCGGCAACAGGUAGAACAGUCGAUCUGGCUGAUUGGGUUCAAUGGUACGCGUUCGAUGUCAUUGGGGAACUUUUCUUUAGCCGUAUGUUUGGCUUCAUGCAGGGCGCCCACGAUCAUGGCGGCUAUAUCCGCUCAUUAGACCUGCUCCUCCCCUUCAUCUCUGUGGCUUGCGUCAUGCCAACUUACAUGCGAUGGUUAUUUCUUGUCAGCGGAGCCAUGAUACCCCGGGUUUUCAGGGCGUUGAAGGCUCUCCAGCAUAUCAAGAAGGCGUCCGAUGCAUGCGUCGCUGAGCGGCGAAGCCUCCAUGGUAGCAACGGACCUGUUGAACGCACAGAUAUGCUAGAAGGCUUCUUCGACAUUAUGCGUGAUAAAGGAGAGAAGAAGGACUUUGGUGAGAUAGAGGUCAAGAUGGAGGUUUACGGCGCCUUCAUCGCCGGCUCCGACACAACCGCAGCAGCGAUAACCUCCAUUCUCUACCACCUCAUGCGCACACCCUCAGCCUACGCUAAGCUCACUACUGAAAUCGAUGAAGCCAUCCGAUCUGGAUAUCUAAGUUCUCCAACUAUCCAAUACCAUGAAGCUAUCGGACUCUCAUAUCUCGGUGCCUGCUGCAAAGAGGGCAUGCGACUGCACCCAAGUGUGGGCUUGACGCUGCCACGCCAUGUCCCACAGGGAGGUCGCGUUAUCGCCGGAGAAUGGUUUUCUGAAGGGACUCGGGUAGGCGUUAACGCGGCGAUUGUGCAGCGCGACAAGAAGGUUUUUGGAGAAGACGCAGAUGAGUUUGUGCCGGAGAGAUGGUUCCGCAAAGAUGCGGUGAGAAUGGAAAGGUACAUGUUUCAGUUUGGUGGCGGAGCGAGGACGUGUAUCGGGAAGAAUAUCUCUUUAUGCGAGAUAUAUAAGGUACUACCCCAGCUUUUACGCUCAUUCCACCUCGAGCUUGCGGAGCCUGACAAGGAGUGGGAAACAUACAACUACUGGUUUAACAAGCCAACCAAGGUGUACACAAAGCUGCAAUGUAGAGAAAAGUUGUUUGGCUAUGCUAUCUUUGAACAUCUUAAUUAA